AAAUGCAGCUUCAGUUUCGGAUCCCAUACAGAAUAAUGCGUAGCUUCAAUUUCACUUAAAAGGAGCAAUUCACUUAGUGCCUGAGUUAGUCUGGUCAAGCUGCAGAGGACCUGCUUAUGGUAUAAAUCAUCUUCACAGCACUUUGGGUGGGCAAGAGAACCACAAAAGAACAGCUCUGUCACCCAAAGUGGAAGUAAGAAGGGCAGCCUUUGAGACAAGCUGCACGGUUCACUUGUUCUAAACGUAUUUUCUUUUAAACAAUGGGCUCUAUUCGAUAGAUCUUGAACGUGUUGCCGAUUCCUGUAGACAUCUUGAAUCUGUGAUCCUUCUAAUGGUUUAAGUUGCUGUCGGAAUUACCUUGGCUUGAAUUAGUCAUAGAUGUCUGCCAACGUAACAGGAACUCAAAAAAAAAAAAAUCAGACGAUGGUUACAAAGAUGUGUUUUGAUUGCGCUGAUGUUUGUUUUUCACAGGAGGGUUUGAAAUCUUGGACUGUGGCUACACUCCAAGAACAACCAUGGAUGUGUUCAGUAUAACCAGGCAAUGUGUUCAAUUAGGAAAACAGCAGCCAGCUACACAAGGGCUGUGCUCUGCCUAAUCAGACACACAGUACAGAACAGGCGGGGAACAAUUCUGCUCCUGGAGGGCCGCUCCACACCAGGUUUUAUAGGUACAAUGGAUUACAGGAAGGAGGUUGAAUCGGUUCAUUUAAACAACAUGUAACAGGGCUGGAGCAAAGACCUGGACUGGAAAGGCUAAUCAUGCUCGCACCAUAGUUGUUUUUUUUUUUUUUUUUUUUUUGUGAAUCCGAGUCUGUUCUAAAUUUGGGAAACAAAACAGAAAAGGAGAUGUGAACCUGCAAACCAAGCAAGAGGUCUAUUGGUGGAGCAGAGGGUCAUGUAGGGUCACACGGGGUCAGGCCGCCACUCCUGACACUGGUCAGCCUGGAGUGGGGUGGAGACGAGGGGGAAGCACUUUUGACUAGGACUGAAGUCGGUUGUUUAUUUGGAAUUGGGGAAUGCUGGAUGGAUGACUGCAGCGGACUUUGUAGAAGGAAAGGAUUGCAGGCCUGCUGCUGCUUACAGUGUGCUGUCCCUUGUUUAGCCGAGUGUGGACAGGUGCAGUGGGGGGAGAGAGGCCGCUGUGUGAAAGGGGCUCUUUGUUCAGGAGGACUGCCCGCGCCAUGUAAGGCAGGGCCAGCAGCUCGGGGUUAUCAGCUGGGACAGCACGAACUGCUCACGCACGUUCCAUUAAACACCAGAACAGCUGAGGAGAGCCAGAGAGCCACGGAGAGGGGGACAGCAGCCUGCCUCUCCCACACUGAUGUUAGGGGAUUGUCCGAGGAGCCUGGAGCACAGGCUGGGAGACCCAGCAAUCAUGUUCAAACCCAUUGCAUGGGAAACCUUAUUGGAGACUUUCUUUACCAAGAGGAUCAAGAACCUUCUGGCCAAAGCCCUGUAUGACAACAAGGCAGAGUGUUCUGAUGAGCUGGCCUUCCGCAAGGGGGACAUCCUGACGGUGAUCGAGCAGAAUGUGGCGGGCAGCGAGGGCUGGUGGAAGUGCUCCCUCUACGGACGCCAGGGGCUAGCACCAGCCAACCGGCUGCACCUGCUGUCCUCCUCGCAGCUGGACACCCUGUCAUCGCGGGGCCCCGAGGUAGGGUGCUUGAGCUUCUGCACCAUGGAGAACCCCCCGUCCUUCCCUGCGCUGGAGUCCUCCUCCAGGACCAACCAGCAAAACAUCUACCAGAUUCCGUCUGUGUCGCGGCCGUCAGGGCCCGCCUACGAGGACAUGAACCCCGUCUACAAGGUGCCUUCCCUGGCCCAGAUGGCCCCCAGGAACCCCUCUCCCUCCCUCAGGGAGCCCUCCAGCAUGGCUCUUCAGUUUUCCAGGGGUUCGGCAGGGUCCAGCCCCCAGAAAGAGGUGUACGAUGUCCCCACGCUGCAGCUGCGAGCCUCCCUCACCACGGUCUCAGCAUUCCAGCACAACACCAACAAGAACUCCAUGUUUGUCUCUGCCAGUGAGCGGGAGAAGCUGGAACAGUGCUACGAGAUUCCCGGGAGCGCAGAGUCCAGUAUCACCAGCCAGGGAAAUGUUUAUGCCGUCCCCCCUGUGGUUUGCACGGACUCCAGUUACGAUAUCCCCGUCUCAUCCAUGGUGGAGGCACAGAAGCGUUUGAAUGGGGGCUACAGCACCCUGCCAAACCCACGCAAGUCUGAGUGGAUCUACGACAUUCCCGUCUCCCCGGAGAAACAGAGCUGGAAGGGCUUGGGUCAGGGCUCCUACGAGACAAUGCCUGCCAAGGGGGGCGUGUCUGGGAGGCAGCAAACCCCCAGCGCAGCACAGACAUUACUCUACGACAUCCCCACACCCAGCACAGACCCCAGGAUGAGGAGCGCGCACCAGGACAGCGGAACUUCUUCUAAUGUGGACUCAAGAACUUCCAGGGCAAACCUGUAUGACACCCCCCCUGCAGGGAAACGGCACAGCAUCCCACAGUCGUGUCCCUAUGAUGUACCUCCCUCCGCCCUGGAGCAGGUCUCCCACAGACGGGCCAGCAACCGUGCAGUCGUCCCUGCUGGCACUGCCCCUUCCUCCUUCCCUGUCCUGCACAGGGGGGCUCCCUGCCCUAUGUACGACCUGCCGCGGGGCUCCCUGGGGAGAGAGGACAGCCUGGCAGGAGGUCCAGGGCGACGCCCUGUCUACGACAUCCCUCCUCCCAGAGACUGCCUCCUGGAGAGCGGGGAGGAGGAGGAGGGCACCAACAGCCAGUGCAGCAGCAACGCCUCCAGCUCUUCAAGCGGCUCCUCCUGCGACCCCCUGCCUCCACCGCCACUCUCCUCCCCGGAGCCCCAUAGAGCGGUGACCCUCAGCCAGGAGGAGGCUGUCCGGAGGUUGUCUCUGCUGCAGGAGGGGGUGUGCCAGGCCGUGUCCCGGCUCAUGGUGUUUGUCAGCAGCCGGUGGCGGGCCCGAGAGCACCUGACCUGUCACCUGGAAGAGGUCCACUCCUCAGUGGAGGCCAUCGCCGGCUCGCUCAGCUCUUUCCUGGAUUUCGUCAGGGAUAUGAGGGGAAAUGCCAGCCGUCUGCGAGACUGCAACCUCCAGGCACGGCUCCAAAAGCAGCUGGCCAUCGUUGAGGACUCGGGGGUGAUCCUGCGGGAGGCAAAGGCGGCGCUGGCACAGGCUGGGUGGGAGCUGGACUCCCUGGCUCAGGACCCCAGCCAGGCCCCGCCGUCGGACAGCCUGGACCGUUUCGUGAUGGUGGCCCGCACUGUGCCCGAGGACGUCAAGCGCCUGGUGUCCAUCCUCAACGCCAACAGCAAGCUGCUCUUCAGGCUGACGUCCCCCGUCCCUGCCCCAGCCCCUGUCUGGACAAAGAGGGAGGAGUCUCGAGCAGGGAAGAAGAACGGUCCCCAGGGCAACAGCCCCUCAGAGGACAGCGACUACGUCCUGCUACAGGCUAAGGAGAAAGCUGCAUCCUCAGCCGUGAAUCUCAAGCAGCACUGCAAGCUGUACUUCGGGGCGCUGCAGAAAGCCAUCGUGGUCUUCAUCACCAGCCUCGUGGAGGGCCAGCCCCCGGAGAAGUUCAUCACCCACAGCAAGCUGGUGAUCAUGGUAGGACAGAAGCUGGUGGACACCCUGUGCAAAGAGGCGCACAGCCGCGGGGAGAGCCUGGACCUGCUCUGCAAAAGCAAUCUGCUGUGCGCCCUCCUCAAGCAGCUCGCUGUGACAACCAAGAAGGCAGCCGUGCACUUCCCUGACACGGCGGCGCUGCUGGAGGCACAGGACUUCGCCAGGGAGCUGGCACAGAGGGCACAGCACUUUCGGACGCUGAUAGACCUCUGAAA